AUGGCGUUUGUGUGGAUUAUAAUCUUGUCGGUGGGACUAAUCCAAGGCGUUUUUAUAAUCACCAGCUUACAAACUCUGUUCCCCCGUGGUUCAAAGAAAACGUGGCUUUAUAGACUUCUCAAAGCAUUGCAGAUAACUCCUGUGUUAUUCAUAUUUGCCUCGUCAAUUUGGUUUUUCUUCAUGGUGAUUUUGCCUAUCCUCGUUGCCAAGCCAUUCACCUCGUUCGAAGGCAUUUGUUAUGCUUUAAUUGCGAGUUACCUUUGGCUUAACAUGGUAUUCAACUAUUUGGCAGCCAUGAUUAUUUCCCCGGGAUAUCCAGAAACGCGUCAAGAACUCGAAGAAGACACAGACAUCGACACUGAAUCGCUGAAAUUUUGUGGCAAGUGUUCGCGUGUUAGAGACCGUGGAACGCAUCACUGCAGCUCUUGUGACUCUUGCGUUAUGCUGAUGUCACAUCACUGCCCCUUCACUAAUAAUUGCGUUGGUUUGAACAACUUCGCUUACUUCUAUUUAUUUGUGCUGCAUUGUUCGUUGGGCCUUGUGUUCGCCGCUUACUGUACUUACACUCCAUUUAUGGCCUGUAUGUUGAACUAUAGAUCAUCUUUUUACAAUCCUAAAGUCUGCACUGAACUCGGUGAUUAUGCCGUCAUGUUCCUUGUUGUCAUCUUCGUGCUGUUGUUUAUCUUUGUGAUGCUUUGUUUCCAUACCUUUCUUCUUGUCAUUGACAUGUCGAUGAUUGACUUUCUCAAACUUUGUCAGAAGCUCAGCUUAAGGGAAUUUUUGAAAAACAUUUUAAUAGACAGGGGUUUACGAAAAAAGAAACUGCUGCUAAGGAAACUGUUGUUGUACAGAAGGGAAAAGUGGUGGAAGUUUUUUAUCCCAGGCUUCAAUGAAAUACCUGAACUUCUUCCCCCAGACGAAUUCCUGGUGUAA